CGACAUCAAACAUCCUUCCCCCAUUGAUUGUCGCCAAAGAAUAGAACCGAAGAAAAUGGUCGUCGCCUCUAGUACGGAAUUCUCAAAGGCGCUCGCCUCGCCUGCCUCUGUGGUGCAAGAGCUCUUUGAGCAGCAGCAGAAGCAAAGCAGCUCCUCGACCUCGCCCUCGCCAUCGCCCUCGACUGGCCUCGUCCGCGAUGUUCAAGCUCACUUUGAUCGUCUCUUUUCAGAGGCAGACGCCCGGGCAAAGAUUUCGCCACUUACUGGCAAGGUUCUCAAAGAGUUCUUCGAAGCCGACCGGAGCGCUCGCCCCACGCGGUUGGUGCGUUGGCGAUGCAUGAUCCAAGACACGAACAUGGGCGAUGAAGUGACGCCAUACAAGUUGCGUGCUGCCGAUGGGACAUGGAAGAGCGCCUUGUUUGGUGGUGCGAACAACGGGAUUGUCACAGCGGAGCUGGACCUUGACCCUUCCAACAUGGCGUCUUUGACGACGAUGUACGGCGUCUCGCUACCUGGCCAGACGGACUGGUAUCGUCGGCAGGUGGAGCAACCUGGGCUCUCUGAGGACGCCGUGGCGAUGCUCCAGCUCGACGAAGCCGCGUUGCCCGCGCUUCCUGGUGUGGACCUCGCAACAAUGAAGAGGAAGCUCCCGACAAAGAAAGGCUUUGGAGCCCUUCUCAAACUCUACGAUGAGGACCUGGCCGAGGCUUUGCGCGUGGCAAACGUCGUUGACCUCGUCGGGAUCCUUGACGAAGGCGUCCCGCCGACAUCAGGUUGGGCGGAGACGGGCGCUCCUGAACACGCUCUCGACGAGUCGAAUGCCACCUCCAGCCAGCCUGCAAUCCAUGUCCUCUCGCUCUCUCCCGUAAAGACCCUCCAAGACGCACCGCCGAAGCAGGGCAACGACGCAGCAGAUCGAGGUGUGCUGCUUGAGGCUAUCACACGCUCCCUUGGCGGCGACAGUCUCUCUGCCGAAUGGCUCCUCCUCUCUCUCUUGGCAAAGAUCCACACCCGCAAGAGCUCCAAUGUUCUCGGCUCCCUCUCGCUCAACUUGAGCCACUUUCCUUCGCCCACUUCGCCUUCAUCGUACGACAACAGGCUGCCCUCCUUUUUCAACAUCAUUUCGCACCUUCUCCCCUUGUCGGUCCACCAGCCCAUGUCGCUCUCGCACCUCAACGAGGCUUCCAACGCCUUUUCGCCCGCCUCUGCAUCGAGCGGGGGCCUCGAUGCAGGCCGUCUUCAACUCAUCGACGGCACCCUUGUCCUGCUCGACGAGACGUCGAUGGACGAAGGCCAGCUUCGCGAGGGCGGCAUCAACAACAUCCGCACCCUCUCGACAGUCCUUCAGACAAAGAGGCUCGCCUAUGCGUUUCCCUUUGGCACAAACGUCGAGAUGGACGUCGACUUGCGCUUCCUCGUCGUCUCAAACGGCAAAUCCUUUUUGCCCCUCGACGUGCAGGUGCCGCUGGACGCAAAAGACCCGGCGAGACUGUACAGCAGCGGCGGCGGCGGCCGAGGCGACGACAACGAGGCGGUGGCGAUGUUGGGAGGCGCCAAGGCUGAUGGCCUGCGGGCUUACCUCGCCAGGUCUCAGGACCGUAUCGUGGGCAUCACGAUCCCCGAGCCCAUCUCGGAGAAAAUCCAAGACGACUUUGUCGAGUCGAGGAUUAAAGGCGAAGCACAGGGCAAGCCAAGAAUGGAACAGGAGGACCUCGUGAGGCGGCUCAAUGUCGCUAGACUCAUCGCAGCUUCAAAGGGGUCACAUACGGUCGAGUGGGACUGCUACAGGGAAGCGACGAGGCUUGAUGAGCAACGACAGGAGAGGCUGGCUCGCCUGCAGCCAUCUGUGGCAUCAGCAUCCGAGACAAAAUAGAGCACAAGUGCAUGUAUGAUAAAUAUUGUUAAUGAUGAUGUUAAGUGAUGUGAUUCUUUUCUUGUCUUUUGUUUUGUUGUGCUUGAUUCUUCUCUCAGAUUUUUCUUACAGCCUUGAAUGGGCUUGGAUGCCAUCGGCUAGUCAUUUGGGGACAUCGAG